UUCUUUUCAAUUAUUGAUUUGAUGAUCACGGGGCUUUGCUGUUCAGUCUGAGCGGGCGAGCGGGGGGAAUCAUUCACUGUUUCUUGACGCGUAAGGCUGCCCCUGUACGCCUUUGGGCAUCACCGCCGAUAAAGGAUGAUAGGCUUGAUUGUAUAGCGCAAAUUAACAGCAAACUAUCCUCGCAAUCCACAGUGUAGAAAGAGGAGGAGGCAAACUAUGAUCCGAGGAUGAUUUCUGCAAAGAAAACUCCGGAGAAGAGUCGUUAUCCUGUCCACUAUCUGGUGUGGCACAACAAGCACCGACAGCUGGAGAAAGAGCUGGCAACGAACGAGCAGGCUGAUUUAGAGUCUCUGGACCCUCGUGGGCGGACUCCUCUCCACCUGGCUGUCACGCUGGGCCACCUGGACUGUGCCAGGGUCCUGCUGCAGCAAGGAGCUGACGUUAGCAAGGAGAACCGCAAUGGAUGGACCGUUCUUCAGGAGGCGGUGAGCACCAGAGAUCCAGAGCUGGUGCGUCUCGUGCUUCGUUACCGUGACUACCAGAGGACUGCCAAGAGACUGGCGGGCAUCCCCGUCCUUCUGGAGCGACUGCGCCAAGCCCAGGACUUCUAUGUGGAGAUGAAAUGGGAGUUCACCAGCUGGGUGCCCCUGGUGUCUCGUAUCUGCCCCAGCGACACCUACAGAGUGUGGAAGAGCGGUCAGUGUCUCCGUGUCGACACCACCCUGACUGGCUUUGAACAGAUGACAUGGCAGAGAGGAAACCGGAGCUUCAUUUUCAGGGGAACAGACUCCAGCGCAGAGGUGAUGGAGGUCGACCAUGACAGGCAGCUGGUGUUCUGCGAGACGUUGUGCGUCUCAUCUCUCACAGCGCUCUCACCUGGCCGGGUGAACGGGGGCGCCUGCAGCAGCACCGCUGCCGGGUUGGGUCUUCUGGGCGCAGUGCAGCCCAGCGACGAGCAGGUAGCAGCCAGGCUGUCGGCUCCCGUGGUUACCACUCAGCUGGACACCCGCAACAUCGCCUUCGAGAGGAAUAAGACGGGCAUACUGGGCUGGAGGAGCGAGAAGACUGAGACGGUGAAUGGAUAUGAAGCCAAGGUGUAUGCUGCAUCCAACGUAGAGUUGAUCACCAGGACCAGAACUGACCAUCUGUCAGACCAGAACAAGAACAAGACGAAAGGUGGGAAGACUCCACUGCAGAACUUCCUUGGGAUUGCUGAGCAACACAUGGGGCCUAACAACGGGGCCCUGGUGACCCAGAUGUCGUGUCCCGCGGUGACCAACCCCGCUGCGCUCACCGCCGAGGAAUAUUUCAACCCCGGCUCGUCACCAACUCAGAGGGACAUCGGCCACCCGUGCCAGCUCACCACCAAGACCCAGAGGUUUAAAGCCAAGCUGUGGUUGUGUGAGUCCCACCCCCUGUCCCUGACAGAACAAGUGGUGCCUAUCAUCGAUCUCAUGGCGAUCUCGAACGCCCUGUUCGCCAAACUGCGUGACUUCAUCACUCUGCGCUUGCCGCCUGGCUUCCCCAUCAAGAUCGAGAUCCCUCUCUACCACAUCCUGAACGCCAGGAUCACCUUCAGCAACCUGAACGGCUGCGAGGAGGGGACGGGCUCCCGCACCGACAACGAAGUGGCGGUGGAGGGGGAGGGACAGAGGGACGCCCCGAGGACGGACACCCCAUCUCCGGGCAGUGACUCCUCCAGUGUCUCCAGCUCCAGCUCCACCAUGUCGUGCCGAGCCGGAGAGAUUCCCCCGUGUGUGUUUGAGGCCCCGCCUGGAUACACCAUGCUAGGAGGCAAGCAGCGAGACAGCAUGAGGGAGGAGGAGGAGGACCUGCUGCAGUUCGCCAUACAGCAGAGUCUGCUGGAGGCCGGCUCCGAAUACGAUCAGGUGACCAUCUGGGAGGCGCUGACCAAUAGCAAGCCAGGAACACACCCCCUGUCCUGUGACCCCAGUCGCCUGGAGAGGACCCCCCAGCACAAGCCCCGCCCACCCUCCAGCCUCCACUCCACCCCCUCCAAGAAGAAGCCCAACAACUGCAGCUACAACGAGCAGCUGCGCAUCGCCAUGGAGAUCUCAGCCCGGGAGCAGGAAGAGGCGGAGCUUCGGCGGCGGCAGGAGGAGGAGGAGCUCCAGCGCAUCAUCCAGCUGUCACUCAUGGAGAAAUGAGUGACCCAGUGGCCCAGCGGGGCGUCUGAAAAGGGAGGGGUCUGCACAGAGGACACGUGGGGGAAAAAGGGACGGCACGGGGUGACUUUUUAAAACUAAAAGCACACUCUGCAGGCGGCUUGCAAAAUCAUAAAUGUAUCCCAGUGGUGUCGUACGAUCAAAUCGUCCCACUCCUUUCUCUCCCAUCGCCUCAGUCAGACCUUUCCCGUGAAGCCAUACGGUGAUGCGGCUGAGGAGGGACGUCAGAUUCCUCUUUCUGGUGCCACACUUUCUUGACCAGUGCCAGUUUACAACCAACAAUACAUCCAAUACAACAAAGUUCAGAGAAAUGCCUCCUUGGAUGAAAGAUUUUCGAAUGUUUGUGUGUGUGUGUGUGUGUGUGUGUGUGUGUGUGCGCGUGUGUGUGCGUGUGUGUGUUUCAAAACCAGCUCUCCACACAGGGGUCAACAGCUUCUGUCCUGAAAACGUUGUGUGUUAGGCCAUGUCUCUGCUCCAGCACUAACACACACUCUCACUGGGUCCUUUUGCCUCUGAGUCGUGUGGCGUCUGAGUCUUAACUGUGAUUUAAAGAAAAAAAAACAAACAAACAAACAUAUUGUGGUGAAAGGAGCAGUGACAGACCAGGACCAGCAGCGCGGGAAAACACCCUCUCGGUCAAGUUGAGUUGAAUGUCGACCAACCAUCAGACUUCCUCGGUUUUUAAUGAAAACAAUUUUAAAAAAUGAUAAAAAAAGGAAAAAAAAAAAGAAAAAAAAAAAGGCGGACUGGUACUUUUGAUUUGAUUUGCACAAAAUCCAGACGUACUGUACUUAGCUUGUGGGUGGAUCACAUAUAUGACUGUUAAUGGAUGUAGGUGACGCGUUUGAGCACAAACUAUACUGCUAGAUGGCAGGAGCACAGAUGUGAUGAAGACGUGAUGAAGAUGUAGUGUACCGACUAACCUGUAUGUGCCCGUGAACGAGUAUGAGUGACACAAAGAAUAAAGGGACAUGAUAGUGGUUUCUGUAAGUGGAUCGUGGAAUAGAAAACGUUACUAAAAGAGAUUUCUUGUAUAUUUGCAUCCCCCUCACCUUACAUGAGCGGAUGAUUUCUGUAUUUCUGUAUGUAGUCACGGUACAGUAUGUGUACAAUAUUUCAGCAUGGCCUGCACCCCUGUGAGGUUCAUUUUGUCCGACUCGAGUCCAGCCUGGAGACCUGCAAUAUCAGAUCGCGCCCUGUGAGGGAAGAUGUACCCUGGAAGAAUCAAGGCGGAGGCUGUUGACAGCAAUUUAAGGCUUUAUUGCACCCCGAAUAGCAACUCGGUCAUACGGCACGAUGCGCUGAACACAAAAGCAAACGGUAGAUCGUUCAGUUAUUGGACUGGAAACGAUGGUUCAGUUGCUGACCCUCAUGAUUGUAUGUAACUUCAUAUUGCAGGGCUCAAGGCAAGCCAAACACCGAGAAACAUGUUUUGUUGCAAGAGGCAAAGACGGUCUGGGACAGCUUGUUUAUUAGUUUAGUUUAGUUUUUUUUUCGUUUAUCCUUUUCCUUGUUUUUAGUAUUCCUUUGAAAGAAAUGUAAAACUUUCACACUCUUGAUAUUAGCACAAACCCAAGGAGAGCCACCUCCGCCUCCUCUCCUGUUCAUAGUUUCGAGCUUUGCCUGGUUGAUAAGAAAAAAUGUUAAUUUUUUUUACUUUUUAAAAAAUGUUGCGGAAAAGAGAUGCAGCAGGAUGUUUUCAUGGUGUACGCUGGGUUGACGAAUCAAAUAAAGGAACAUCUUUUGGA